AUGUCGACAAUCGACACCGUCAUCGGCGGGACCACCAUCAUCGCCACCCCCGCUUACGCCGGAUUCGUGCCUAACCUCAAGCACCAGUACGGGCAGACGUACGGGAACGCCACGCGGCAUAUACUGAGGAUGGAUCCGACGAUCAAGGCGGGCGUGUUGCAGAGGGAGGUUGCGAGGAGGAGGGGGGAGGGCAGGGAGACGGCGGGGGUGGGUGGGCACAGGGGUGGGGUGGCGGGGCCUGGGGGAGAUGGAGGCAAUGGGAGGGGAGGGGAGAGGGGGAAGGAAGGGGAGAGAGCGGUGGGGUUGAAGAGGGCGACGGGCGAUGAUCGGUUUUCGUUCCCGCCGGUGCCGGGGUACACUGGCUACAUCCCGCGCGCCCAAGAACACUUCGGCCACCCGUACGUCGAAACCACGCAAUCCUCGCUCUCCGACUUCCACUCCAUGCUGGACGCCAAAAAACAGCUUCCGGUCCGCAUCAAGGCCAUCGUCGCCGACCGCGCCAACGGGACCUACAAACGCCACCCCACAACCACAUCUACAUCGCAGAACAAUCUAGCAAACUCACCCUACCGCCCCGUGGUGGUGCCGCCGAGCCCGAUGGACGACGCGAGUCCGUAUAAGAUGCCGAGGGGUCAUCCCAGUAAGACCUUUGUCGGCGGGUAUACCGGGUUUGUGCCGAGGUUGCAGAAUCAUUUUGGGGAGACGUACCCCGACAACGUCCGCAAAGCCCUCGACGACUUCACCGCCGACACCUCCCGCGCCGCGUCCGCCUCCAGCCACCCGUACACCCACCAAGCAUACACAACAACGACAACAACGCCAACCCCGCACUCCGUCCGCCCCAUCCCGGGCUUCACCGGCUUCAUCCCCGGCAGCCGCAGCCAGUACGCGCAGACGUUCGGGCAGACCGCCGAGGUCGCCUAUGCCGUCUUCAACGCCGAUAAGGAGGGGUCAGUAGUCUCAGAGUUCCGGUAA